UCUGUGACCUGUCUGCAGAAGGCGGACUCUCCCCUCUGCCCAGCCGCACCAGCUGCCCUGCAUGGCAGAAGCAGUCCUUUGUGAAAGACCUAUCCAGCCAUGGGGGCCAAAGAGAAGCAGCCCUGCCUAGCACAUGGGUCAUUAGGGAAGUGGGGAGAGGCAGAUCUGGGGGUGGAGGCAGAUGCGAGAAUAGGAAACUGAGGGCUAGACAGGUGUGAGGAGAAGGAAGCGGCCCACACUGGAGUAACACACGGGAUGGCAGAAAUAAAUGACAAGUCCUAGAAGCCUCUGCUCACUGCAGCUGUCAGGAAGGGGGAGGAGAAAACCGCGGGGGACGGGAAAGAGGGUGGGAGCUGUUAGCUAGUUAUUUAAGAGCCAACUUUCUGGUCACUUUUCCUGAAUCCUUUUGAGGAAGUUCCAGACACACAAAGCUGCCCAAGCCGCCUGGCUGGAGCUCACAGGACCUUGGAAAGCUGACAAUGUCGGACACUCCCAGGACCACCUUUGCGGGCAGGAGAGCAAUGCCCCCUAACAACUCCAAUGCAGCAGAAGAUGAACUCCCCACUGAGGAGCUGCUGGGCCUGGUGCCCCGGGGCGUCAACCUGGAAGACUACCUUACUGUCACAGAUGUUCAUCUAUUCAAAGAGAAAUGGGACUCCAACAAGAUCGAUCACCACACUGACAAGUACGACAACAACAAGUUGAUUGUCCGGAGAGGACAGUCUUUCUAUGUCCAGAUUGACUUCAAUCGUCCCUACGACCCAAGAAAGGACCUCUUCAGGGUGGAAUAUGUCAUUGGUCGCUACCCUCAGGAGAACAAGGGGACCUACAUUGCAGUACCCAUUGUCUCCAGGCUGCAGAGUGGGAAAUGGGGGGCCGAAGUUAUCAUGAAUGAGGACAGGUCUGUCCGUCUGUCCAUCCAGCCUUCCGCCGAAUGCAUUGUGGGGAAAUUCCGCAUGUACGUGGCUGUCUGGACCCCCUACGGCGUACUCCGCACCCGUAGGAACCCAGAAACAGACACAUACAUUCUCUUCAACCCUUGGUGUGAAGAGGAUGCUGUGUAUCUGGACGAUGAGAAAGAAAGAGAAGAGUACGUCCUGAAUGAUAUUGGGGUGAUUUUUUAUGGAGACUUUAAUGACAUCAAGAAUAGAAGCUGGAGCUAUGGUCAGUUUGAAGAUGGCAUCCUUGACGCUUGCUUAUAUGUGAUGGACAAAGCACAAAUGGAUCUUUCUGGUAGAGGAAACCCCAUCAAAGUCAGCCGUGUUGGGUCUGCAAUGAUUAAUGCCAAAGAUGACCAAGGUGUCAUUGUGGGAUCCUGGGACAAUGUCUAUGCCUACGGCGUCCCCCCAUCAGCCUGGACCGGAAGCGUUGACAUCCUAUUGGAAUACAGGAGCUCUGAGAAUCCAGUCCAGUAUGGCCAGUGCUGGGUUUUUGCUGGUGUCUUUAACACAUUUUUGAGAUGCCUUGGAAUUCCAGCAAGAGUCAUUACCAAUUACUUCUCAGCCCAUGAUAAUGAUGCCAACUUGCAAUUGGAUAUCUUCCUGGAAGAAGACGGGAACGUGAGUUCCAAACUCACCAAGGACUCAGUGUGGAACUACCACUGCUGGAAUGAAGCCUGGAUGACAAGGCCAGAUCUUCCCGUCGGAUUUGGAGGCUGGCAAGCUGUGGACAGCACCCCGCAGGAAAACAGUGAUGGCAUGUACCGGUGUGGGCCCGCUUCUGUCCAAGCCAUCAAGCAUGGCCAUGUGUGUUUCCAGUUUGAUGCACCCUUUGUCUUUGCCGAGGUCAACAGUGACCUUAUUUACAUUACAGCUAAGAAAGACGGCACACACGUGGUGCAAAGUGUGGAUACCACCCACAUUGGGAAAUUGAUCGUGACCAAACAAAUUGGAGGAGAUGGCAUACAGGAUAUUACUGAUACUUACAAGUUUCAAGAAGGUCAGGAAGAAGAGAGAUUGGCCCUAGAAACUGCCCUCAUGUAUGGGGCAAGAAAGGACAUCAAAACAGAAGGUGUGGUCAGAUCAAGGUCAAACGUGGACAUGGACUUUCAAGUGGAAACUGCUGUGCUGGGGAAGGACUUCAAGGUCACCAUCACUUUCCAGAACAACAGCCCCAACCAUUACAACAUCACAGCCUAUCUCUCGGGCAACAUCACCUUCUACACCGGGGUCUCCAAGACAGAAUUCAAGAACGAGACAUUUGAUGUGGCGCUGGAGCCUUUUUCCUUCAAGCAAAAGGAAGUGCUGGUCAGAGCGGGUGAGUACAUGGGCCAGCUGCUGGAGCAGGCCUUCCUGCAUUUCUUCGUCACAGCUCGCAUCAAUGAGUCCAAGGACAUCCUGGCUAAGCAGAAGUCCACUGUGCUGCUCAUCCCCAAGGUCAUCAUUAAGGUCCGAGGAGCUGCAAUGGUUGGUUCUGACAUGGUUGUCACUGUAGAGUUUACCAAUCCCUUAAAAGAAACUCUACAAAACGUCUGGAUAUACCUAGAUGGUCCUGGUCUAUUAAAACCCAAAAGGAAAAUGUUCCGUGAAAUUCAUUCCAACUCCACCGUGCAAUGGGAAGAAGUGUGUCGGCCUUGGGUCUCUGGCCCUCGGAAGUUGAUAGCCAGCAUGACCAGUGAUUCCUUGAGACACGUGUAUGGUGAGCUGGACUUGGAGAUUCAAAGACGGCCUUCUGCGUAAAGACACAGGAGACUGAGACAGACCCGGGCACUUGGCCUCUUGUAGUGUUGGCUGAGGAAAUUCUAAUGUAAAAAUUGUUAGCUUGUUGCUUUAACUGGAUGAAGACCCAGAUGGAGUGGGGAGGGCCCCAGAGCACGGAUACCAUGCAUUUCCAAAGUACUUCCAAAUCCAGACUAUCCAGUGUGGAAGUUAGUUUUGCAUCACUCCACCUUCCAAAGGAUUCUGAGAAUUGGCUUUAAUUAAGUUCUAAUUAAGCUCUCAUUGCUCAUAAGAGUAAAAGUCAUCAUUUUUCAUUGCAAAUGGCUGCUACCCCAAAUAUGACAGAGGGCUUCCCUUAGCAAGGGCAUAUGCUCCAUACCUGGCCUCAUGUAAAACUUCUUAUUCCCUGCUCAGCCUUUUGGGGGUAACAUAUCCCCCUGAAGGGACAAGAGUAUAUGAUUUUGUCUUCAGAAUUCUAUUCCCCUUUCUUGGAAGCAGGUUCCUCCCUCCUCCCUCCAUGUUAGAAUAUUUGUCCCAGGAAUUGAAGACAUCAUUUUUCUUCUUGGCAAAGCCGGGGAAAGGUUGUUCAUCUUGCACCUGCAGCCUAGCAGCUUCCUGCCAAAUUCCACAGCUUCACCUUGUAAGAAGAUGCAGCCUCAUAUGAACAAAUUGCAUUUGUGGGAAACUUAAUCACUUAGGAGGAGAAAAGAAAGCAGGUGCAAUACUCAGAUCUACUAAAUAAUGGAGUUUUUAUGGUGUAUUUUAUAGGUGUCACACAGUGGCUUGAUCAGCAGGAAUCAAUAUUCUUGACUUUAACCCUUUCUGGGGUGCAGGAAUGGAAAGUGAUGAGGCUCAUUUGGGAUGGGAAGCAUGAGAAAUUAGUCACCUUAAUUAGUGGGUACCCUUCCUCUGCGUCUCUGGAAUCAUCUCCUUUGCUCAGUGACACCAGUGCAGGUCUCUUUUACAGCUAGAAUAAGCCUGACAGGUUGGAAAAGCUGGCAGACUUAGUGACCGGACUUGUAGACAAGGAAGCAGCUGCCUAUUCCCUCUGUGCCUUCAUAUUGCC